GUUUGGACAUGUAUCAUCAUAAUUUACAUCAAAGGGAUUUGAUGAUGGUUUUUCCGUGUAUGGAAAGGCUCCAGUAGCCUACCAAGAAAAGGAUAUCACAGGUAAGAGAAACUCAAAAUCUAUUAAUCGGGUCCAAAUUUUUUAUCAAUUAUAUAUGCCAAAUAAAAUACCACAGGAUAUUGAUAAUAUUGCAUGCCAUAUCCCAUGCCAUGAUGUUGAGCAUGAACUUGUGGGGAGGCAAAUGAGAAGCCUCCAGAGAAAAGGUCCUGCCAAUGGUUAAGACUCUUAUGACUGUAGACACCAAAGAGUAAAUCCAAUAUAAACUAAAAGAAAAGUGUUUGUUACCUCAGGAAGUACACUUCUUACACUAGAUUUUGUCUCUUCUUGAUGAUCUCCAUAAGCAUAAUUUGUGAUAGCUAGUGUUGACUGUUCCAUAGAGGUAUCUGAUGGUUCCUUAGGUGGUGAAGAUUUUGAGAUGAAUGGCGAGGAGCUUACCGAGGAGCAGCUCGCUAAGAUUAGAAACAAGAAAGCUGUGCUCAUUCGAGAGCACAGGCUCAAGAAGACUGUUGCUCAGAACAGAUCAACCGUUCCUAGGAAGUUUGAUAAAGACAAGAAGUACACGACCGAGAGAAUGGGGAGGGAGCCGUCUUCUCUGGGGCUGGAUCCAUCUGCUGCGGUGGACCGUGCGAGGAGCAAGUCGAGAGGGAGGAAGAGGGACCGGUCUGGAAGAUGCGAUGGAUGUGGAUGAUGAGGAAGAGGGGAACAAGAAGAUGCGCGUGAGGUCGAAGUCGAGGCCGCCUGCAGCUCAUGAGGUUGUGCCUGGCGAUGGGUUUAAAGAUUCUACUCAGAAGAAGGCGGCGCUUAAGAUUAGCAACAGCUCUCACAAGAAGAGGGAUAAGAAUGCUAAACGUGGUGAGGCUGAUAGAGUUAUACCGACUCUGAGGCCAAAGCACUUGUUCUCGGGGAAGAGAGGGAAAGGAAAAACAGACAGGCGUUGAUGAAACCAGACAAGGGAAAACAGAUGAUGCUGGAUCGAUUGAAGAACAUGUCUCAAGUUUUCGAUUAUGCUUUAGUUUUGUUUAUUAUUAUUAUAUGUUAUGCGUCUUUUGUGGUUUAUCUACAGACAUUAUAUGAAACAUCAUUGUAGCUUCUUGUGCGAGCAUUGUGUUUCAAUGACUAAGAAUCAUUUUAAUGGAUUUAUUUUAAUUAAUCUUUAUCAUUUGCAAUGGCUAGUUAUAAGUUGGUGUUUGUUUAGGUGGAUAAGUUGAGGACCAGAUUCUCAACAGUGCAAGUGAUCUAGUUCUUCUUUUUUGAGUCUAAAUCACAUUACUGCGCUAUGUGCCAGAGCCUCAAAUCUUUAAAUUUUGUUUCUUUUGGUGAAGAAAACACAUUUCUAAAAAGAAAGUUUGUGUUUUAAAUCGAGAUCUUUGUAUACAACUUUCACCUGAACCCUGUAAAUGCCUUGAUACUAAUUUACAAACUCAACACACUCUAAACGUUCUUUAGAGAGCUUUUAGGAUCGUCGCUUGGGUUGCAAGGCAACAAUUGUUCAACAAUCUCCGUGAAAUGGUAAGGUUAUUUUUU